AUGAGCAAAAAGGAAGGUCUUACUCAUCAGAACACAUCUGAAAGGGACAAUGAUGAAGUUGACGGCAACAAUAUAUGUGGUUUCAGAAAGAAAAAGGGAGUCAAAGGUCCUACAAAGUACGUUCCUUCUCUAGAAAAUGAGAAGAUGGAGCUGUCCUGCACUUCAGAAAUCCCAGAUCUGUGUCCUCAUCAAGGAACUACUGGUUGCUCAGAACCAUCAUCAGACCCAUCUCUUCAAAACCCGGUUAGCUUUCCUUCAGUACAAAAGGACAAAGGGAGAUGUGACAGUUCCCAUACUGACAGCAGCGUGAAAGAAGACGUGUCUGGAGAAACACGAGAAAACCAAGAAAAUGAUGACACUGGGAAAAGAAUAUUAGGGCAAAUGGAUGAGAAAAUAGAUAUACCCGCUAAAACAGAGAAGCCCACAGGUGAGCGACCUGCAAGGAGUGCAGGGAAAGCUGCAUGCACAAAGGCAGCAUGCAGGGGAGAGCACGAUGAGAAGGCAGAGAGAAAGCAAGAAGAACACCGUGGGGUGGAAGAAAGAGAUGUCAAGUUUCAUGUGACAAAGGUGGGCUCCCUGGGCGGUACUGCAACCACACAAGGACGCGGUACUGCAGAGUCCUUUCCAGGGGCACCUGACAUUUCUAAACUAAGUGUGCAAGAUCUGAAAAACCUGCUGAGUGAAGGUUCUCUGCCUGCUCCUGGACCCAAUUACAGUGUCAAGGCAGGUGGCACUUUUCCUCAGAAAACCGUGAAACCCCGGGAGAAAACAGCUGACAAGCAGGGCCGACCCUUUGAGACUUUCAGUCCCCAUUUUGGUGAGGAGAACCGAAAGUGCCACAGCUUCCACAAGGAGGGAGUGGGGCCGCAAAGCAAACCUCUGCUGGUCCUCAGCUCUGCUGGGUCUGAUCAGCACCAACCAGUGGGAAGCGACGUGGGUCAACUCAUUCUGGGACUACCUGCGGCUUCUCCACAUGCAGAAAGCACAGCUCCUGAGAUUCCCUUUGACUCCUCUGCGGGCCAUGCUG